AUGCAAACAUUACAUGUAUACAUUGACACACCCCCUAGGAUAGCGCCCCAUUGCCCGAAGCACCCCGUCGCGCGUAGUGCCCGUUUAGGUCGCCCUCCUGUCGCCUCCAUGUCCCCUCCCCGUCGCCUCCCCGUAGCCUCCCCGUCGCCUCGUCUUCGCCUCCCCGUCGCCUCCCUGUCGCGUCCCCUCCCCGUUGCCUCCCCGUCACGUCCCCUCCCCGUCGCCUUCCCAUCGCAUCCCCGUCGCAUCCCCUCCCCGUCGCGUCCCCUCCCCGUCGCCUCCCCGUCGCGUCCCCUCCCCGUCGCCUCCCCGUCGCUUCCCCUCCCCGUCUCCUCCCCGUCGUGUCCCCUCCCCGUCACCUUCCCCUCGCCUCCCCUUCCCCUCCCUGUCGCCUUCCCGUCGCCUCCCCGCCACCUCCCGUCGCCUUCCCGUCACGUCCCCCUUCCCGUCGCCUCCUCGUCGCGUCCCCUCCCUGUCACCUCUCCGUCGCCUCCCCGUCGCGUCCCCUCCUCAUCGCCUCUCCGUCGCAUCCCCUCCUCGUCGCCUCCCCAUCGCGUCCCCUCCCCGUCACCUCCCCGUCGCCUUCCCAUCGCCUCCCCUUCCCCUCCCCGUCGCCUUCCCAUCGCCUCCACCUCCCGUCGCCUUCCCGUCACGGCUCCCUUUCCCGUCGCGUCCCCUCCCUGUCACCUUCAAGCCGGCGGUAUUUCGAGACUGGGAAGAAGCGAGCUAAAUGUCGAAGUGUAA